GAGCUAGCCGGCCGGGAAGGGAUACUGGAAAUGAUCGGCCAACCAGCCAGCCAAUCAGGUAGUGAGUCUGAGGGCGGUUGAUUUCAUUUUGUCAGUUAGGAAUUCCGAGGAAUCAUUUUGGUAACGCGAAACUCUCGGUCUAGCUUCUCGGUCCAAGCCCUCUUUUCUUGGUCAAGGUGCUCUAGCCUUCUUUUCGCCUAGCCAUCUCACCAUCUUGACUGUGGUAAGGACGGGUUCCGGUGUCCUGGCCUCUAUGGGCGUGAAAAUCGAUUGAUUCACAUCACUCAAUCCAACUCACUCACUCACUCAGUGGCUGUCCACCGUUGCCUUGCCGGAUCUUGAUGUAACGGCCUCUGGAGGCCUUCUUCCAGCCUCCUCCAGGGUCCAGUAGUGUCGGUUGAAAGAUAGCCAAGCUGGGAGCCAACGUAGCGGCUCCGGUGUCUCCACUGGUUGCAUUGACCUGUACGUGAUCCAUCAUCCAUAGACCGCCCCUCGGACUGCUCACCGAAUUCUGAGGUUCAUCGUCGCAACUAAUAGCUGCAGCAUGGAAAAUCAAAUCCCCUUGGAUUCCACGGUAUCGGGUCGAAACUGGGCGUCCUUCCCGGCCCCGCCUACACACGUGAUGACCAAACCCUUGGUGCCCUCUCGCCCGAGUCGGUCCAGUCGCACGGGGUUGAUGCGCGCCCCUCUGGGCCAAAUUGAGACCAGUCAUCGUUUGAACCACCCCAACCCACCCACUACUUUCGUCUCUACAUCUCCUGGCAGUAAUGCAGGCCUAGCUGCACCCCCUCCUUGUCAAAUGAAGAAACCUCAUCAGACUUUUUCUAUCUUUGAGGAUCGCUCCCGUGAUGGAUUCUCUUCUAUUGGAGACAGAUUAUCAAGAUUUUCCAAAACCAGUUCAACCAAAACGGUUCCUAAUCGCCCACCAGCGAAUGCAGAUCUUUCCAUCAAAAGUAGCGCUCUUCCUUUCCAAAUUCAUAUGGAUAGUUCCAGCCCUUCCAAUCAAUCGAUUCGUCAAAGUUCCUCUAGAAAUCCUUUUGAAGAAAGAACUGACAAGGAAAAUCAUGAAGAAUCAAACUGUCCCUUGAAAAAGUCGUUUAUGAUAGUGACAGACCAAGCGCAGCCAAUUUGGAAUAGCAAUAUUACUUCCCUCCCUCGAAUUCAUCCAGUUCCAUCUGCGGAGUGUCAAAGCCUGCCUCGCGAACCUCUCAAACCCAUUCGUUCUGUGAAUCUGUCCCGUUUAGAAGGGACGGACUAUUCGUCAGGGCCAGAUGAUGAAGCAGCCCGAUGCGAAAUAGAUUCGGCCAUGGACAUCAGCACAUUUUCUAAUGCCAUGAUCAUGGAUGAACCCGUGAAUGACCGCGACCAAGUCUAUGCGGGCGAAGACGACCUUGACGUUGAAGAUGUAGACGCGAGUAGUGAUUUUGGUGAAACUAGACUGGCGGAAUAUGCGAAUCAGGAAAUGGCUCCCAUAUACGAUUGCCACGAGUAUAUGGAUGACGCGUAUGAGCAUCUCCGUUCGAUUGAGUUGAAGCACGUGGCUAAGAGUAAUUACAUGUCCAAACAGCCAGACAUUACCUUCGCCAUGAGAAGCAUUCUCAUCGAUUGGUUAGUGGAAGUCAGUGAAGAAUACAAACUGCAGCAAGAGACCAUUUAUCUUGGAGUAAACUACAUUGACAGAUUUCUUAGCGUCAUGUCGGUCCAAAGGCCUAAGUUGCAACUUGUCGGAUCGGCUUGUAUGUUUAUUGCAGCAAAAUACGAAGAGAUCUAUCCACCCGAGGUAGGGGAAUUUGUCUACAUUACUGACGACACCUAUUCCAAAAAACAAGUACUUCGGAUGGAGCACUUGGUUUUGAAAGUGCUCGGCUUCGAUCUUGCUGUGCCAACUCCUUUGGUAUUCCUCAAUCUCUUUGGUAGAGUUACUGAUUGUGAUACAGAGACUUUAUGUCUGGCUCAGUACCUGAGUGAAUUGACCCUCAUGGAUGCACGCGUUUACCUGGCGUAUCGGGCCUCGAUCAUAGGAGCAGCGUCCGUCGCCUUGGCCAGGCAUACCCAAGGUUUGGCAGCUUGGCCCAAGCAUGUGGCUACCAUGUCAUCGUUGGAGGUGGACGAUUUCAAAGACUGCUUGGUCGACCUUCAUGCAACCUUUACUAACGCAUCUUCUCAGGGUCAACAAGCCAUCCGAGAGAAAUACAAGAGUGAAAAAUUUCACGGUGUGGCCAAUUUAGAGCCCACACCCAUCUUUUAGUUGCUGACUAAAGAAAAUCGUGUGACAGAUGAAUGAGCGAGUGGAUAAAUGGGUUGAAAUUUCUUUUGGGGUGAUAACUUCAAAAAAAUGCGAUUCACUCCGCCCUCAUUUCCGUGGAAAAUUGAAUGAAAGAUCCAGAAGCUUAGACCAAAUCCAUUGCUGUGUUUUUCUCUCUCUCUCAGUCUUGAAUAUUCUUUCAUUGGAAACGCCUUUUGUGGGCUGUUUCGAGGACACUCCUAUAGUCUUCUUACAAUAUAUUUAAACUGCAGUAUUCAAAUUUAACAUAGAAAUAUUCAUUUGAAAAUAACAUGCUUUUUUUUUCCUUUUCCAGUAGUAAGUAUUUGCCCUACUUACUUUCUCCUGUUCAUUUUUCAAGUGCGUAAUAAAAGAAAUUGUUGUGAAAAGUU